AUGCUCCUGAGGAUGGAGCGCCACUUCAAAACCGAACAAGCCGCACGGAAAGAGGCUGAAGAAAUGCUGGAACAGGCCGCGCAGGCGGAAAUAGCCGCCAAAAAUCAAAUGGAAGAUGCGGCGCAGAAACACGCCGCAGAUGAAAAGCGUGUUCAGGACGAGCUGGAAGCCAUCCAGAAGGAAAGAAAGGGCCUGGAGACGAUGCGCCAGGAAUUCGAGAGCGAGGUGCAAGCCGCCCGCGUGGAAGUAAAGAAAGCGCAGGAGGCCUUGAAGACGGCAGAGGAGAGGGUGCGGGCGGACGAGCGCGUCCAGAAGGCGAAAAUGGAGGCUGAAUACCAGACCCGCAUAAUUGCACUGGGGUCGGAGCUCGAGCGGGUCCGAGAGGAGCUGGCCAUUCGAACGCAGAGCUUAGGAGACGAACUAGAAAGGUGGCGCAAGCAGGCGGAGCUGGCGGCCGUGGCCGUCAUCGAGGCCAAGGGCGAGGUGAUGGAGCGGCGGCGCGAGAUCGACGUCACCAAGGACCGCAUGGACCGCCUGGUGGACAAGCUGUACGCGGGCCGCGAGCACGGCAUCGUGCUGCACGGCGCCCUGCAGGCCGCCCAGAUGUACCACGGCCAGGCGCAGGCCCGCCUGCUGGCGUCCAUGCAGAAGAGCUACUACCACGGCGUGCAGGCGGGCCUGCCCUGGGGGGGCACCAUUGCCGGCGCCGGCGCCAAGCAGCUGCCGGCGCCGGCCCUCGAGGAGCAGGGCGGCGAGGCGAGGCGCUGGGGGAAGGGCAAGGCGGAGGGGCGGGGCCCCCGGGCCUUAGGGAACAGGCUGCCGCCGCUGUCCGCCAGGGGGCCUCAAGGCGGGGGCCUGCAGGGGGAGUACCCCGCCGUGCCUUCCCGGUAUGCGCAGCGCGCCACUGCGCAGGCCCAGGCGCAGGGUGCGCAGGCCAAGCGGCAGCAGCGGCUGGCGCGACAGCGGUCCAAGGACAGGUUCGCUGGCCAGCGGGACAGGGCGUUCGCGGUCAUGUCAAGGUGGGACUGA